AUGACGGCUGUCAAGCGUAAUUUCUUAGAGUUUCUUACUCUGAUUGGUAGUAUCUGUAAUCUUGUUGCCCUCUGAACACCAGGAUGGAUAACAGAUGAUGGAGGAAGUAUUGGAGUCACUACAUUUGAUUCGGUUAGUUUAUGGUAUACAAAAAUAGAAUUUAAACUUUCUUUUCGGCUGUU